CGUCUUGCAGCAAUCCAGGGAAGAGUCUCCGUGUCGUCACUCGCCUCUCAGCAACAGGCGUCCUCCUUCCGACAGCAGGGAGUCAGAGAAAAACAACAGAGGAGAAAGAAAUAAUAUUAAUCUUUUUAUCAAUCUUGAUCGAACACUUUCAACAUAUAAAUAAACACACGUCGAUAUUCGUCAUCUGUCGACUAACCAAAACUCUGGCGGAAGGAAAGUUUGGGAAGGCCUCUGACGUCACAGUUUCGGGACUUGUUUUGUUUCACACAAGAAUGGCGUUUUUUGAUUAACAUCCCGUCUAAUACCUUCACCAAACCAGUGAAAGUCGGAUAUUAUAACUCCUGUUGACGUUUUCUGGAGCGACGCGAAGAUGAUGCCUAUGUUCCUGACGGUGUACCUCAGCAAUAAUGACCAGCACUUCAGCGAGGUGCCGAUCACUGCAGAGACGGUGUGUGCAGACGUGCUGCAGCUCUGCCGGGAGCCGGGAGAAAACAGCAGCUGCUAUCUGAGUGAAGUGUGGAGAGGAUCAGAGCGAGUGGUCGGUGAGAAUGAGAAGAUGAUGGAUCUGCUGCUGCAGUGGGGUCAGCAGCGGCCAGAGGUUCGCUUCUUUCUGCGGCAUGGCAGAGCCGCCAGCCAACCCUCAGACUCCAGGACUCAGAAGAGGAACGGUGUGAAGAAACCUGCAGACAGACGCCUGGAGAACGGGGUGAACGGGCCGUGGAUGGACAUGACUCUAGCAGAGCUGCAGGAGAUGGCGUCUCGACAGCAGCGUCAGAUCGACUCUCAGCAGCAGCUGCUGUCCACCAAGGAGCAGCGUCUGCGUUACCUCCAGCAGCAGGAGCAGAGGCAGGCCCAGAGCUCCUCAGAGCAGAAGAAGCUCCUUCAGCUGCGGGAGACGCUGGAGCAGCAGGAGGCGCAGCUGAAGAUGGUGCGUGCCCUGAAGGGGCAGGUGGAGCAGAAGAGACUCAGCAACGGGAAACUGGUUGAGCAGGUGGAGCAGAUGAAUAAUCUCCUCCAUCAGAAGCAGAAGGAGCUGGUGGUGGCUGUGGCUAAAGUGGAGGAGCUGAGCAAACAGCUGGAGACGCUGAAGAGCGGACAGAUGGAUGCCAUGAACAGUAAUCACAGCUCUGUGGCCGAGCUGGACAGACUCUACAGGGAGCUGCAGAUGCGGAAAAACCUGAACGUGGAGCAGAACGCUAAACUGCAGCAGCAGCGCGAGAACCUGAACAAGAGGAACCAGGAGGUGGCUAACAUGGACAAACGUGUCAGUGAGCUGCGCGAGCGCUUGUGGAAGAAGAAAGCUGCUCUACAGCAGAAGGAGAACCUUCCUCUGCCUCCAGACGGCCAGGCGCCCCCGCAGACGCCAGGGUCUCGUGUAGCAGCGGUCGGCCCUUAUAUCCAGUCCUCCACGAUGCCCAGAGGCCCCGACAGACAAGACCUGCCCAUCAAACACAAUUACCCAGAAUUCACAGCAACAGCAGGGCAUCAGGACAGGAGCGCUCAGCCUGGAGCAGGUUUGCACUCAGGAAAAGCAUCCUCGAAGUUGGCGAACUGGAGUUUGGCGAAUGCGAAAUCCGGCAAUAAUCACGUGACGUCCAGCCUGCCGCGCAUGGUGAGCCAGGCAUCGAAGAGCCAAGAUAACACAGACGUGCAGAAACGAGACCCGCGGGUGCGUCCCGUCUCCAUGUUUGAGUCCACUGAUCUGCCUGCAGCCGCUCUGAGGAAAAACCAGAGCAGUGAAGACCUGGUGAGAGACGCACAGAGCGCUGUGAAGACCAUAGUCAAGGUUCCACCUCCAGUUCCAUCUAAACCUAAACAGGCCAACUUUCCGUCAGGAGGGCUGAUGGGAUUGGGGAAGAACACCGGCACCUACCCCGGGAAGAGUGCAUCCCCGCAGCCGCCGGCCGGCCCCCAGACUGGUACUCUACCCUCCAAACUGGAGGCUCCACCAGCGGCCACGGUGCACCCGUUCAGCCCCGAUCCCCCUGGAGCCAAAGACACAGGCGGGCAGAUGCUGCUGAAGCCGCAGACUGUGACCGCCAGCUCCAUCUACUCCAUGUACACACAGCAGCCCAGCAGCGGGAAAGCAACGCAGCAGAGCAUUCAGGGUGCGCUGAGUCGAGCACAGACCCGCACCGGACACUUCAUCAGCGUUUACGGUAAGCCAGUGACGUCCGCAGGCCAGCCGUCUCAAACCCCACACCCUGAGAACCCAUACUUGGACCCCCCCAGUGUCUCCGAAACCCUUACCGACCACAGUCCUGCAGAGCCCAUUUCAGAAACCCCAGAAACAGAGCGCAUUCCCAGACCCCUCAGUCCCACCAAACUGCUGCCCUUCAUCUCGAACCCUUACCGCCACCAGAGUGACCUGGACCUGGAGGCGCUUCGGAAGAAACUCUACAACGCCCCACGGCCCCUUAAGAAACGCAGCUCCAUCACAGAGCCUGAGGGCCCAGGCGGCCCCAACAUCCAGAAACUGUUGUAUCAGAAGACCACUCUGGCGGCGAUGGAGACGGUAAGUCCUCCUGGAGAGGAGGAGAAGGAGACGCUAGCGAAACCGCAGGGAUACGAUGCAGAAACCCCAGAAGUGCCUGAAGAAACACUUCCCGAAUUUCCAAUCGCUCCUGAAGUGGAAGCAGAAGACGUUCCUCCGCCGCCACCUCCUCAUCCGGCCCCGAAAAUUGACGCAUCCAUUAUCAUCCCACCGCCACAGCCGGAGAGCCCUCCACCUCCACCUCCUCCUGACAGCUUCAUGGAGGAUUUCCCGCCGUAUCCUCCACCUCCGUAUCCAAGCAGUGCCGAGCAGGACAAUCCAGACGACACCUUCAACAUGAAGCCACCAGAGGUCACAGGACAGGUUCCCUUCCCACCUGGCAAGAGGACAAACCUGCGUAAAUCUGGAUCCGAGCGCAUCGAUCACAGCAUGCGGGUGCGCUUCAAUCCUCUGGCUCUCUUACUGGACUCGUCGCUGGAGGGAGAGUUUGACCUGGUGCAGAGGGUCAUAUAUGAGGUUGAGGAUCCGAGUCAGCCGAAUGACGAGGGCAUCACUGCGCUCCAUAAUGCAGUGUGUGCGGGUCACACAGAGAUCGUCAAAUUCCUGGUUCAGUAUGGAGUCAACGUGAACGCAGCCGACAGUGACGGAUGGACUCCUCUGCACUGCGCCGCGUCCUGUAAUAAUGUGCAGGUGUGUAAGUUCCUGGUGGAGUCUGGAGCGGCCGUGUUCGCCAUGACCUACAGCGACAUGCAGACGGCAGCCGAUAAGUGUGAGGAGAUGGAGGAGGGAUACACUCAGUGCUCGCAGUUCCUCUACGGUGUGCAGGAGAAGAUGGGCAUCAUGAACCGUGGUGUGGUGUACGGGCUGUGGGACUACGAGGCGGCGCAGGAGGACGAGUGCUCCUUCCGAGAGGGUGACUGCAUGAGUGUGAUCCGCCGAGAGGACGAGCUGGAGACUGACUGGUGGUGGGUGCGCUGCGGCGGUGCGGAGGGAUACGUGCCCAGAAACCUGCUCGGGCUGUAUCCCAGAAUUAAACUUCGCCAACGGAGUCUGGCUUAAGUGAACACACACACACACACACACACAUUACACACACACACACAUUACACACACACAUUACACACACACAACAAGCAGCUGGUCAACUCCACUAGUUAAUGACGCCUGUUUUUAUAUCUGAUGUUACAGUGUUGUUUUUCUGUCUCUUUUUUAACCCUUGUGUGCUGUUCAGAUUGACUCCUCUUUGGUGAUGUUGUUGCUGCUUUUGCUCCAUUGACUUCCAUUAUAAUCACAUGUAUUGACUGUAAAGCCAUGAUAGCAGAUCAUCAUUAAGUCAUGAAGUGAUUCUCAGUUUAAUUGAUGGUACAUUUAACACAAAAACAUUCUUGAAAAAAAGUGAAACUUUUCUUUCAUAACUGAAAUAAAUGCGAGAUUUGGGAGGAGAAUAAGGCUGUGAGUAUCGAGAGGUCAUAGUGCAUUAUGAUCAUGAGCCCCUCAAUGCAAACUAAUCUCCCUGUCAUCUCUUUUCACCCUUUAUACAUAGUCUGCCGUAAAUAUUUGGUUGGAACACAGCGUUAUGUUUAAACUGAGUUCAGUGUUGCAACACAAAAAUAUUUAGUAGUGUGCAAGUUGUCCCUUUAAGUCACAACUAGGUUAUGUUUUAACUUACACACUGCUGGUGCAACCGGCCUGAACUCCAUAUAACAGACAGAAACUUUUCAGCACAGGCCGAUCUAAAGAGUUAAUGCUGACAACUGAUGAUCAACAGUAUAAAUGACACACUGCCCCUCUAAAUCCCAACAGGGGAAACCAGAAUGCUUGAUGAUCUGCUGUCAUGGUUUUGCAGUCAAUAAAUGUGAUUAUAAUGGAAGUCAAAAACAGCAGCAACAUCACCAAAGGGGAGUCAAUCUGAACUGUGUGAUGAUGAGCUUUUGAACAAUGUCAACACAUUUUCCUUAAAUAUGCAUCAAAUUGAGAUUUAUCUCCAUAAAUCAUCUCAUUUGCUGAAACAGGGAAAACUGGGGCCAAGCUAAGCCUCAAAAUCAGCCCAGAGUGGAUGAAAACGACCCACCAGCACACACAGGGUUAAAGUGUCUGAAUAUACGUGACUAGCUCGAGUAGAAUGUGCUUUACUUUUGACUUUCGCUCAAGCAUGUGCUGGUCAUUUUACAUCAUGUUACACGAUGCUUUAAAGACAUUUAUCAUCAGAGAAAGAUCAAUGUUUUGAUAUGUUUGUCCUCUUAUGAACAAUGUUUUAUACACGAUGCUGGAAAACUGGCCUUAAUACGCUGCAUUUCUGGACCAAUAGCGAUCAACCGCUGAGACUUUGAUUAUGAGAGUGAUGUUCUCAGAUUUACUAAGACAUUCCUUUAUUAAAUGCUGUGUUUGUGUAUUCGUCUUCUAAAUGAUCUGACCAAUCGGCAGCAGGAGGAGUGUCACAUGAUCAAACAAUAAUAAAAACACUGUGAAAUCGGU